AUGAGAAUUCUGGCACUCGUCCUUCUUCUGGUAUGUGCGAUGUUUGCGCAUGGAUUGGCUGCAAAGAAAGACGCUAAGCCGGCCGCAGCUCCAGCGAAAAAAGCCGCACCGAAGGCGGCCGCACCACCCCCGAAGGCCGCACCGAAGAAAGCCGCAGCUCCAGCAAAACAAGCACCGAAAAAGAAGGCCUAA